CUUCAUGUUGCCAAAAUCUACACGCCAUUGCCAUAGUGUCUAGACGCCAUGUUAAGGAAUUCCCGACUUCCAAGACGAAAUGUGCAAUCGUUAAUAUGCUGGAAUUGCCUUGCAAACCUUCAUACGGGAGCAACAAUUGGAAGGCGACAACUCCUCCAAGUCUCGGAUAAAAAUGGUCAAUUAAGGUCAAAGCAGACACCAUUAAGGCGAGAUGCGAAGUCAUUCAGCACCAGCUAUGUAGUGUGUAGAAUUUUCUCUAUUAUUUACUCUACUCCGCUAACAUACUUCCUAGCGACGAGCCGAAAUAGACACGCAAAAUGACCAACCUCACAAUUCGUCUGAUGUUUUGCCCACACAAAAGGAAGAGGUGGUGCCCAUUAGAGAGCGGCUAAGAGCGUGGGAAGCAGAGAAUGCUAGCCAAUAUGUUCCUGUCACAAUCAAUGACAAUGCUUCACCUGGUACUGUGGAAAAUUCUAGCUCUCGAAUCCAGGACAUCAAAUUCGAAAUUGACGACGAAGAGGACGUGGUGAAUGAUGAUAUCCAUAAUGUUGGGUUUGAUGAUUUGGUCGAUGUUGGAAGCAGGCGGGGAUUCCUAAUUCCUGGUGAUCUUGUCGAAGUUAUGUGUGUCUACCCACUCUGUCGUUCCCUGCAUAUGUAGCAGGACUAACAUAAGCCGAUUAGUGGCAAAGGGCAGAGACAGGAACUUGCGAUAUAUAUACGCGAUGUCGAUAAUUUGGCAGAGUUUUAUACAAUGUCUGGUGUUCUAAUGAAGGGCUCUUUGAAAUCCACACACUUUUAUGUGCCAGGCUUCAUUGGGAAUGAUGAACUGGACAUAAUUCGACCAUUUCUACCCUCGCUAGAAACUGAACAAUUGGAUACUUCAAAUAAUAACCAACUUGAGCCACAAAUUUCUAGAGAAGUGACCAAGCCUAUAUUGGAUCAGAUGCUUAAGUUCUGGGCUGAAUCUGAAGCGAUUUAUCAAAGAACUUUUUCCAGGCUUGAUCAUGCUCACAGUCUUGUUGCUAAAGAUAAAUCUUUUCGGUACGCUACGCUGGACGAGCUAGCUAAUGAAGUUAUUCCACAAAGCAUUCCAAGGACAGAGGAUGGUAAGCAUUCUUACCCAGCUUUGUAUGCUCUACAUCGUUCUCUUUUGCGCGAUGAGAUUGGCUUUCGGCCACAACUGAGAGGCGCAACUAGAACCGGCGGGCAGUACGAAAUUAGCUCCAAAAUAGAGGUAAAGAAUAUCAUAUAUGUGGUCGAGGAGGUUCGCAAGUAUCAAAAGGCUCCAGCCACGAGCUUAAAAGUUCAAAAAGACUCACUAUUGAAAUGGGUGAAAGAUUGUCAGGGAGCAGUAGAUGAGAGUCGCAAAUCACGUCAACUCACAAUUCACGGUACCAUCAAAACGCUGCCUGCAUCGGAGGAUAAUAACAAGGUUCCACGGAAAGUUGCUCCUUCACCAUAUACAGAAUUUAUAAAAUCAUGGGCGGCUUUCCGGACCAUUGAUCGCAAUUCUACAAUCAAUGCAGCGGGGUCAGCCAUUCUUCGAUUCAUAGAACGAUACGAGAAUUUCCAAUUAGAUCAAAGCACUGCGUGGACUUUUUUGCAAGAAAUUGGUGAGAUUAGUCCUACAGCAAAUCGAGUAGCCUUUGAUCUUCGCGUUCACAACCACGGCUAUAACAUUGUUCCUCAGAAAGACUGUUUUACCUCAGUUGACAGCAUGUCGGCCCUCCGAAAGAACUUCCAUCUACCUGUUUAUUGUAUUGAUGCUGCAAAUGCACAUGAGGUUGAUGAUGGGGUGUCCAUCGAGCGCACUGAAACACCAGACGAGUAUUGGGUUCAUGUUCAUGCAGCGGAUCCUGCGUCACGAUUAGAAUUAAAGGGUGAGGCUGCGGAUGGAAUUUCAAAUCGAACCGAAACGAUCUACUCGCCCAAUGAAGUGCACUUCCUAUUGCCGUCCGAUUUCGUGCAAGAUAACCUCAGUCUCGACACGAGCCGUCCGUCUUUAACAUUCAGCGCAAAGAUGAAUUUGAAUGGUGAUAUAUUGGAGACACACAUAUCUCCGCGCACCAUUCUAGAUGUAAAAUUUAUGACACCACAGGUGGUUCAAGAAGUCAUUACUGGAGGCAAUUCUCAAAGUUCUAAAACAAGAACUAUUACCGCCACCGUUGGCUUGCCCAUUAGCCCUGCUUCGGAGAAGAGGAACAUGCUUCAGAGCAGUCAGCUUUCUCAGGAGCACAAAGAGGACCUUCGAUUACUACAUAAGAUUGGCGAUGCUCGGCUCAAGCAACGUAUAGCCAAGGGUGGUGUCUCCAUGAACUCUGCCCAAAUCGAUGUGUCAGUCUCACCCACAGGGGAAACGAUCCAGUUACAGAAAGAACAAAUCAAACCUGGAUCGAGAAUAGACGCAGUUGCACCACUUAUGCUAAUCGCUGCUGAAGUUGCAGCGCAAUGGUGCCACGAUAGAGGUGUUCCAAUCCCUUAUCGUAUCACUCCUCGCAACUUAAGCAAAAGAAAUCCACUGGAUUUCUACAGGAAGGUCGUAAUACCAUCGUUGGACGAACAUGGCUAUCCUCCGGUCAGUAUUGCUAUACAAUAUUUUCAACUACUUGGCUCAAUACUUCCAUCCACCAUACCGGGCCCGCAUGUAGCUGUUGGCGUUGAAAUGAUGGCUAAAUGUACAAGCCCACUGCGCCGAUAUGGAGAUUUAUUACUCCACUGGCAAGUCCAAGCAACACUUCGGGAAGAAGCACGUUUAGGGCAUGAUCUCAGAGGUAACACCAAAGAGGACUUUCUUCCUUUCUCAAAGGUCGAGCUUGAUCGCAUAAUAACGCAUCUUGACGCCCGCGAAAGGAUGAUCAAACAAGGCAAUAGGGAUUCUAUUAGACAUUGGCUAUGUCAUUUCUUAGUCCGCGCAUGGCGCUUUAAAGAGGCUGUCCUUCCUCCCACCUUCCGAUUUAGGGUUAGUCAGACUAGGUCUGAUCGCACGUGGGGUAAACUGAACUUCUUUGAUGCCUAUGCGGAAUUAGUAGGAUCUGAGACUUUUGAUAUUGGAGAUGUUAAAGCUGGCGAUUCGUUUGAGGUUGAGUUGGAAGAUGUCAAUGUAUACUUACGUAGCAUAACUGUUAAAGCGAUUCGUCGUUUUACAUAAUCAUACAAAAUCCUCACCCAAAUC